AUGGGAAAAGCGAAUAAAAAAAAUACAAAGGGGAAAAAGACUGCUGUUAGGCCUAUUUUAAAAAUAUCUUUAUUUACCUUCUUAGUAUGGAUAGCAAAAAGUUGCAACAAUGAUGGACACUACGAGGACGCCAAUGGCGUUCAGAACUUGGGAAAAUCCCAGAUCAUAAGAAAUGGAAGAUUGUUAUCAGAGGAACCAAAAAUAGAAUUCGAUUCCGUAUUCAGCACCUUCAAAGAUAGUUUUUUAGAUAAAAUGGGAUUAGGAGAGCAAGAACAGAACCAAAUUAAAGAUAUGAUGCAUUCAUAUUUUAACAAUUUAGAUUUCUCUUCCUUAGAACGACAGGUUCAAGAGAAUCCAGAAAUGUUCCAACAAUUUGGACAAAUUCCAAGUUCGCUUGAUGAGAUUCAAAUACCUCCCAAUUUUCUCGAACAGUUCCCACCACCCCCUGGUAUGUUGGAACAGUUUAAUCUCCCACCAGACGUGCUGGAAAAGUUCCCACCUCCACCCCAUAUGUUUCAAGAGUAUCAAAAAGAUUCAGACAAGUUUGGUCCAUUAGCACCAUUCCCUCCGAGCAUGUUCUUACCUCCCGAAUCUGACACAAGUGCUAGCUCGGAUGGAGAACCAAAACCUAGCACAAGUGCAAGCGCGGAUGGAGAACCUAAACCAAGCACAAGUGCAAGCGCGGAUGGAGAACCUAAACCUAGCACAAGUGCAAGCGCGGAUGGAGAACCUAAACCUAGCACAAGUGCAAGCUCGGAUGGAGAACCUAAAUCUAGCACAAGUGCAAGCGCGGAUGGAGAACUUAAACCUAGCACAAGUUCGAAGGAAGAUGCUGUUGAAAAGCCAGAACCAUGUUCAGGAAUGCCAGGAACAUUGCCUCCAUUCCCAGAUUUUGAGGAGCUUUCGGGAUCGCUAAAAUCAGGUGCCCACGAAAAUGUAAACGUAUGUGGAGAAAUUCAAGAAGGAGAAAAUGGAGUUUCAGGAAAUCUUUGUGCAGUUGAGCCAAAGAAGGAUAACAACAAACAAGAUGAAGAGGAAGAUGAAGAAGAGGAUGACGAUGAGGAGGAGGACGAAGACGACAGCGACGAAGAUGACGACGACGACGACGAGGAAGAUGAAGAAGACGAAGAAGAAGAUGGAGAACAAGAGGGUAAUAAAUUGGCUCAGGAAAUCAGUGCAGUUCCUAAGGAAGGAAAGAAACAGAAGAAUGAAGAAGUUAAUGAAGGAGGGAAGAAAAAGGAAAAUGAAAAACACGUUAUUGUGGAGGAAGUAAAAGAAAAAAAAAAAAGUGAAGUAGGUGAUAAUAAGUGUGAGAAUACAGAUGAAGAAUUUGUAGAGGCCGAAGAAGAAGGAGAUGAAAUAUUUGAAGAUGCAGUGGAAAAAUUUGAGGAUAUGGAGCAACCGUCUGCAUUACCACAGUUCCCAUCGAAGAAGCCCCAAGCUGCGCAACUUCCAGAGCAGGCAAUUUUUCAACCCUUCGCAAACAUGAGCAUUCCAGGUAUGCCUAAUCUGGAUUUAUUAUUUGGUCCACAAUUAGCAAAGAACGAAGAAACUAGCGCACUAACGAGUUUUGUUAAUAAAUUAAAUUUUUUUGGUAUCGAUGCUAAAUCCUCUAUAAAUGCAACUUUUCUAGUUGGACUUGCUUACUAUAAUGUAAAAUAUUUCGUAUAUACCAUGAUGUUUAUUGUAGGGCUGAAUUUAUUUAGGGAAUUAGGCGACAUCUUUAAUAAGCUGCGUAAGUAG